AUGGCGUCGACAACACAAUCGAGCUCAUCGUCACCCCCGGCGACCGCCGCCCUACCGCCAUCUUCAACCUCCCCAGCACCGACAUCAUCCCUCGAAACGUCCGACUUGCCAGCGUCACCUAACCCUUGGAGCGAUGCCCAAGGGUCUAGCGGGGACCGAGACGAGCCUCGCGGUGAAGGGCGGCCUGUGACCCUACCAGACUCUGCCUCGUUGCAACAAUCGAUAUUCAGCGGUCUCAAGUCCAACUCAGCUCCUGCUUCGCCGAUCUCGAAGACCCCAGUGUCCAAGGAUGUCCUGAGUGAAUUCGAUCCCUUGGCGAGCGUCGAGGAGGCAGCUGCAAGGCAGGCUUGGGAGUCCUCGGAAGGACACCCGCCACCACCUCGGACACCAUCACCCCCACCUAGAACACCGUCGCCACCGUCCACACAAGAUCCAUCAAAGGCCCCACCGGAGACACCAAACACAUCUAUGGUAGCCAGUCCAACGGCUAUAGACACACCCUCGUCGUCAUCUUCUUUCCCUUCUCUUGCUGCUCUGGCUAGAACGUUUGCGAUCCCCUUGGCGAGACCGCGACCUCAAUCACUAGAUGCCGCUAAACCAGUACCUUCCCCAGCGACCCUUUCAUCCUUUGCCGCCCAACAAGAUGCCUCAUCGCGAUCUGAUCCUCGACGAGACAAUGCGUCUAGAUCAGGGACACCUAGUGCCGCAGGGAGCGGGACCGCAUCGCCCGUACCUGGAGCUAGAACCGACUCUAAACCCGCAGAAGGCGCGUUCGAUUUUCAAAAGUUCCUGGACCAGAUGAAGUCGAGGUCGGCGGAACCUGUCUCCAAGUAUCUCAGAUCUUUCUUGAGCAAUUUCGCGAAACGAACCUUUACUGUCAAUGAUCAAAUCAAAAUUAUCAAUGACUUUUUGGUUUUCAUUGGGGAACAGAUGCGUAACUGUGAUGUUUGGAAGAAUGCUUCAGAGACCGAGUUUGACAAUGCGAUGGAGGGCAUGGAGAAGUUGGUCAUGAAUCGGUUAUACGAUUUCACGUUUACUCCUCAACUUGCUCGCGCCACCCCGCCGCGACCCAUUACGACUGAUGAUCUUGAAAAGGAUAAGGUUCUGGCGCAGCGGAUAGCGUUGUUUGGAUGGAUCGAGGAGAAGCAUCUCGAUGUACCUGAAGGAGAAGGGAGCAAGGGUUUCCUCAUGUUCGCACAGCAAGAGCUCUUGAAGAUCAACCAUUACAAAGCCCCGCGAGAUAAACUCAUUUGCAUUCUCAAUUGCUGCAAAGUGAUAUUCGGCCUCAUCCGGCAUUUGAAGAUGGAAGAAGGAGCUGAUACAUUCGUCCCGAUUCUCAUCUUCGUCGUAUUGAAAGCUAACCCGGAACAUCUGCUUUCGAACGUUGAGUUUAUCAAUCGUUUCAGGAACCCUGCCAAAUUGCAGAGCGAAGCUGGAUACUACCUUUCGAGUUUGAUGGGUGCAGUAUCUUUCAUUGAAACGAUGGACCACACCUCGCUGUCCAACAUUGAUCGAGAAGAAUUCGAGCGCAAUGUCGAAACAGCCAUCAGAGCUCUCCCGCCUUCGGAACCUACAUCUCCUAUCGUCUCUCCACCCCAAUCUUCUCGUAUUUUGGCUGUACCCCAAUCACCGCACGCUGGAGAAGAAUCGGCACGGCCCCUCGCUCUAUCUACACCUUCACAUUCUCAAUCCCAAACGAUUGGCGAUGAUGCGAAGAGACUGCUGCAGAAGACGGGAGAUACCAUAUCCAAGCCUCUAAAUGCGAUCGGGAGGAUAUUCUCAGAGGCUUUGGAUGGGGCAGAGAACAAGCUGGCGUACCUCCCUGGGCCGUUUGCACCAUUUGAGCUUGGGAGGGAGCAGAGGCAGCAACAACAACUCCAAGGGGGCCCACAACAGCAGUAUCAGUAUACCGGUCAGGGGCCUUCGUCUGCUCCUGUAUCCGGAGGACCUUUACCCCCAUGGGCACUUUCACCGCAGGGCCACCAGUUCCCGCAGACACCGCAGUCCGCUGGUGUACCACAAACGCCGUAUGGACCGCAAGGGGAUUACGCGCCUCCUAUACAGACACCUUAUAAGCCUCGUAUCAAGAGGCCGUAUUCGCCUUCUGGAUAUUCGCCAUAUCCGGGCUCGUCACCUGGUGCAUCACCGGGAUAUGGCAACCCUGACGAGACGCCUUCUAAAGUGCCUUACACGAACCAGCCACUCGCCAUCGGACCCUCGCAACCUCUCCUCCCCCCACGCGUCAACUACCUCGCUCACUCGGAGGGUGGUGGUAGCGGCUCUUUGAAUGCUGCAGCGAGCGAGAUCGCGCGAACGCCUACGCCCAACUUGGAUUUCGCGGGUGUGCAGGCGCAGAUUGAGGCGAGCCAUAAGAGUAGGGAGGAGGAGAUUGAGAGGGCGAGGGCACAGUUGGUGCAGAUUUUCCCUGGGACGGAUAGGGAGGUUGUGGAUUGGGUCUUGGAGGCUAAUGAUGGUGACCUUGGGAAGAGCAUCGAGUCGCUUUUGGAGAUGAAUAGCGGGGAGUAG